AUGUCAGCCAAGCUCUACGUGCUCAUCAGCUGGCCCGAUGGCAGCCGGGUCAUCAACAUGGAGAACAUCAAGGAGCCCCGCAAGCCCUUCCACCUCUACACCGUGGGGGAGCAGGUCCUGGCCCGCUGCCCCGGCUUCAGUGGGCUGUACUGGGGCGUGGUGGAAGGUAUAAGUGAGCAUAAAGAUACUUUGGAGAAGAAGCUGCUGGAAGAUCGACAGCUCCUGGAGAAGUUAAAAGAAGAACCAGCUGUCCAGAGCAUGAUGCCGUCCCCACCAAAAAAAUCCAGGAAAACCUUUCCAAAAUGGACCCCAGGGAAUGCAUCUAGGAAAUAUCCCAGUGACAGGACCUAUUCUGCAAAGCCAAUGCUGAGGGUGGCUGAGGCCAGCCUGCCCCACGAUGCCGGCAGCUGCUCCAUCCUCAAGGACAGGCGUGUCCUGGGAAGCGUGGCAGGAAGCCCCCGCUCACUGGCAGCUCCUCCCCACCCAGCCAGUGCCUUCACACCCCCACCCACCUUCAUCACCAUGGCCAUGCCAGGGCCAGCAGCUUCCCAGAGUGAAGAGGACAGGGCUGGUCCAGCUGCCAGAGAUUACAUUGCCCUUCCAAUGAAGAGGAAGUCAGAUGGCAUCUUGUCCCCGUGCCAGAAGCAGAUCUGUCUGAACAGCCGUGAAGAGCGAAAGAUUGAUGCUUUGCAAGAGAUGGAUGGCUUCAACAGGGUUCACAAAAAUUUCGGUCCUGGUGAGGUGGAAAGGGCAGAGAAGAUGGAGCAGCUGGAGAGGAUGGUGUUGGACCUCCAACAGGACGUCCUGUCUCUGAAGAAGAAGGUGCAGAGGCUGGAAUCCCUGUCCUUCCAGGAGGAGCCCCACCGACAGCCGUGUGAGGUGGUGGAGCUCUUCAAUGGCUACACCAAGGAGCAGCUCAAAGAAACCAUCAGGUUUGACCAGAAAAUCAGCACAGCCUGCAAGACUCUGCUCUACAAACUCUUCACCUCUGACUACAUCCAGAGCCACUCCAUCACAGGGCGCAGGGGCAACACCUUCCGGGAGGCGAAGCCUAUGAUGGACGAACGCUGCAUCAAAAUCAUCAGGGUGCUGCUGAAGCAGAAGUUUGGGGAUCACCUCAGUGACACUGUGAUCACAGAGAAGAUCCAGAACGUGCAGAAAGCCCUGAGGCAGAAGUUUAAGACAGAAGGUCUCUGAGGUGUGGAGGAUUUGGUGUCUCGUCCUGCCAUUCCUGUGUGUGUCCCUGAGCAUCCUUCCCAGGAAAGAUGAGCUG